AUGUUCAAAUCCCGAUCGUUGAUUCCACGCUUGCGAAGCCUUCAAAAUCAGCAGCAGCAAACAAGCUUGAUUCGUCUUGGAGAUUCAUCAAUUGUAUUAUCAUCAUCAUUAACAUCUUGUGUUAAUAAUGUAAGGGAAUUUUCAUCAUUACCUUGUGCUUCUUCGGAUUUGAAUGUUUCAACUAAAAGUAUGAGGAGGAUGAUUGAAUCAACAACGAGUAGUAGUGAAAAUUACAUUCGGAAUUAUCAUUCAUCGUCUCAAAGCAACUUCAAUCCCACUUCCUCAUCAUCAACUACGAAUGACAAAGAAAAUAAUCCGAAUAGUAGUAGUACUUCUCAACAACACGUUAAUUCAGCAAACAAUAAUAAUGAUUCAUCAUCAUUCUCCUCUUCAUCGGGUGAAGAAAAGAAAUCCAAAAUCAGUCCAACGGUGCGACGUGUUGGAAUUGCUUGGGUCAUCUUUUCAACCCUUUCAUUGAUGCUUCUAGGAUUUAGUGUGAAGGACAUUUUGUUCCUUGAUGAGGAAUUGAUGGAAACGGAAAAUGAAUCAUUGGGUGUUCCACACAAUCAACCCUUCUAUCAAUAUCACUUCAAAAUGCCACACCAAUUAGAAUCGAUCAUUAAAAUUAUUCGAUCUUUUGUGGCUUUGGGUAUUGUGGUGGCCGAUUAUAAAUUACAUUUUAACAAAUUGGACAAUGUGGAAGGUGUGACUGAGGAGGAAAUUUUGGAACACAAAUCAGCAGUGCAUCGAAGAAGUGCUCAACGCUUGGUACAAUUAUGUUUGGCCAAUGGUGGCGUUUUUAUUAAAGCUGGUCAACAUAUUGCAUCUCUAAAUCAAGUACUUCCAGUAGAAUUUACUGAAGGCUUUAAGCCAUGUCAGGAUCGAGCACCCACUCGGCCUUGGUCAGUCAUUGAAGCUUUCAUUAGAGAGGAAUUGACUGGAGUGAAACGUGUGGAAAAGGGAGCAUCAGAUCCUCUCUAUGAUGUAUACUUUUCUCGAAUUGAAUCUAAACCAAUUGCAGCUGGCUCUCUCGCUCAAGUUCAUGUGGCUUAUUUGAAAGGAUCGGACAACAAGGUUGCUCUAAAAGUUCAAUAUCCUGACCUGAGAGAAACUCUCUCAUCCGACACGAAAUUAUUGAAGAGACUCAUUGCGAUGGCCGAAUUUGCCUUUAAAGAUAUCAAAUUACAAUGGAUUUGCAACGAGUUUGAAUUGAAUUUACCUUUCGAAUUGAAUUUUUUCAAUGAGGCCAAAAUUGCUAUUUAUUGGGUCAGAAACUUGCGACAGUUCCCAAACUGA